AUGUCUGUACCGUUGCUAAUGUGCGGUCUGCCCUCCCUUUCUAAUGGCACUCUCCUGGGUAUCAACAUGAUCCCUUCUGCGGUGACCGCUGCAGCAGUCUACAAUGCCAGUUCUGGUGGAAUGGGUAGCACUAGCACUGCGACCUACACCUACUGCAAUGUGACCGUCACCUACGAGCACACUGGCAAGGGAGACUCCGUUGUCAUCAAGUACGCUUUCCCCAAGCCCUCUGACUUCAAGAAGCGCUUCUAUGUCGCCGGCGGUGGUGGUUUCUCUCUGUCCAGCGAUGCAACCGGUGGUCUCGAGUACGGUGCUGUCAGUGGUGCCACCAGUGCAGGCUACGAUGCCUUUGACACCAGCUACGACGAAGUCGCUCUCUACGGAAACGGAACUAUCAACUGGGAUGCCACCUACAUGUUCGGAUAUCAGGCUCUGGGCGAGAUGACAAAGCUCGGAAAGGUGCUCACCCGUGGCUUCUACGGCAUGUCUUCCUCUGCCAAGGUCUACACCUACUACGAGGGCUGCUCCGACGGUGGCCGCGAGGGCAUGAGCCAGGUCCAGCGCUACGGUGAGGAGUACGACGGUGCGAUCACUGGUGCCCCGGCCUUCCGCUUCGGUCAACAGCAAGUCCACCACGUUUUCCCCGCCACCGUCGAACAGACUAUGGACUACUACCCACCCCCAUGCGAGCUGGCCAAGAUUGUCAACGCGACCAUUGCUGCCUGCGAUCCCCUCGACGGACGCACCGACGGCGUCAUCUCUCGUACCGACCUCUGCAAGCUCCACUUCAACCUGACCUCCAUCAUCGGCGAGAAAUACUACUGCGCCGCAGAGACAAGCACCUCCCUCGGAUUCGGCUUCAGCAAGCGUGCCGAAGGCAGCAGCACCUCCUACCAGCCCGCCCAGAGUGGCAAGGUCACCGCCCAGGGCGUGAAGGUCGCCCAAGCUAUCUACGACGGCCUACACAACUCCAAGGGCGAGCGUGCCUACCUCUCUUGGCAGAUCGGUUCCGAGCUCAGCGACGGUGACACCCAGUGGAACAACGCAACCAGCAAGUGGGAGCUCGACAUCCCCUCCACCGGCGGCGAGUACGUGACCAAGUUCGUCCAGCUCCUCGACCUCGACAAUCUCUCCGACCUUAACAACGUCACCUACGACACCCUUGUCGACUGGAUGAACACCGGCAUGGUCCGAUACAUGGAUAGCCUGCAGACCACCCUGCCAGACCUGACCCCGUUUCAAUCUUCCGGUGGUAAACUCCUACACUACCACGGCGAGUCGGAUCCCAGCAUCCCCACCGCUUCCUCUGUGCACUACUGGCAGUCCGUCCGCUCGAUUAUGUACCCGCAUCUGUCCUCGGAGAAGAGUCUCAAGAAACUGGCCGAGUGGUACCAGUUCUACCUGAUUCCCGGCGCGGCACACUGUGGAACCAACACCCUCCAGCCUGGCCCGUACCCGGAGGACAACAUGCAGACCAUGAUCAACUGGGUUGAGAAGGGUGUUCAGCCUUCUCGUCUCAAUGCUACUGUUUCCUCUGGUAAUUAUAAGGGCGAGACGCAGAUGCUUUGCCAGUGGCCUACUCGUCCGCUCUGGAAGAGCAACAGCACCUUCGACUGUGUCAACGACAAGGCUUCCAUUGACAGCUGGACUUACACUUUCCCUGCUUUCAAGGUGCCUGUUUACUAG